GCCCUCCUGCAGACACAGCAUGGCAAAGGCGGCAGGGAUGCUUUGUGCCUUCCUCUUCCUCUUCGCGGCGCUGCACUGCCAGAGCCUGGCUCAGAGAGCCCCAGCCGUGCCCCACAAGUGCUGCUUCAACUUCCACACCCGCAGGAUCAAGAGGGACAACAUCGUUGCCUGCUACCCCACCAGCCCCGAGUGCCCUCACCAAGCCGUGAUCUUCAGGGUGAAAAGUGGGAAGGAGAUCUGCACCCAGGCGAGCAGGGCCUGGGUGAAGAAGUACCAGCAGAGCUUCCAGGUCAGCUCUUUCUCCAUCCCCAGCUAGCAGGGCAGCCGGAGGCAUUGCAGGGAGCCCCCUCCGUGGGAGAUGGGACACUGGAGGCAGCCCCUUGGCAGAGGAUUCACACCUGGAGACUGCCCCAACAUGCUGUGACCACCCUCACCAGCUCCUCCGAGGCAAAGGGCCUUUGCCACCCCUGGCACCCCUCUGGGACAGGAUCUGUCCACCCUGCAGGGUGCUGGGGUCCAGGCUUGCUGCCAGCCCCUGUGCUCUCAGCCCUGCUCUGCAGGUAGGCAGCUGCCUGUACCCCUCACAGGCAACGGCAGCCUGCCAGUGGGGCUGUGCCCAUCAGCCUGGCAGCAGCAGAGGGGGAAGGGGGAGCACCUCCACCCCUGCUCUUCGUGCAA